AUGGCUGCUCGAAGCGCCGCUCUCAAGAUCGACUGGGUCAAGGUGACCAGCUCUCUCGGCCUGCGCGGCCAGACCGCUGCCUCUCUCCAGGCCUUCAAGAAGCGUAACGACGAUGCGCGCCGCAAGGUCCAGCUCCUGUCCGAGCAGCCCCAGACCGUCAAUUUCGACCACUACCGCAGCAUCCUGAAGAACCAGGCUAUCGUCGACGAGAUUGAGGGUUACGUCAAGAACUUCAAGCCCGCUACCUACGAUGUCAGCCGUCAGUUGAAGGCCAUCGAUGCCUUCGAGGCUCAGGCCGUCAAGAGCGCUGAGGAGACCAAGGGCAAGGUCGAGUCCGAGCUCCGCAACCUGGAGAAGACCCUGGAGAACAUUGAGACCGCUCGUCCCUUCGAUGAGCUCACUGUGGAUGAGGUCGCUGCUGCUCAGCCUGAGAUUGAUGAGAAGACUGCUGCCCUCGUCUCCAGGGGCAGAUGGAUGCCGGCCGGAUACAAGGAGCGCUUCGGUGACUUGUCCGCUGUUUAA